UUUAUUUGAGCUUUGUGACUGGUUGAAAACUGAAAGAGCCAAUAACAAAAUUUUAAUCAGCUUAUGUGGUGAAAUUUUUGUGGCAUAAGGAGGAUCGUGAUAACACUUUAAUUCACCAAUUGAUACUGAUACGAGCGUUUUUAACAUGUUUAUAUACUGAUAAUUCACCAUUCAUGUUGUAGUUGCUAAUACGAGUAGUUCGUAUUUAUCACGGAAUGUACAAAAUACUGCUUUUGUGUUUAAUAAGUGCAAAAUGUGCCUUAAGCGCCAACAUUUUGUACGUUUCACCUAUAUCUUCACAUAGUCAUCACAUAUGGAAUCGAGCUUUAGCAUUCGGACUGGUCGAGAAAGGCCACCAUGUAACUUUAAUUGGACCUGACAAAGACAAAGUGCAACCGAAGAAUUAUUCUCAUAUUUAUAUUGAAGGUCUUUACAAGGAGCUGGACGACAGUUUCGAUGUGAAUGAAAUGGCAGCGUAUAGUCCAACAAGAAUGUUGUUUCAGUUCGAAGACUGGUGCGCUUAUUCCUGCGAUAUAAUUCUCAAAUCGCAAGGAUUAAAGAAAUUAUUAAGUUAUCCCCCCGAUUCUUUUGACCUUAUCAUAUUUGACGUUACAAUGGGCUCUUGCUUAUACCCAUUAAUCCACAAAUUUAAUUAUCCUCCAAGUGUUGCUGUAACGGCGUUUCUUUUACCUACAUAUGUAGCACACAGCUUUGGUAAUCAGUUGUACCCUUCUUACAUUCCCUGGUACGGGCUUCCUUACACAACCGAUAUGACUUUUACCGAAAGAGUUUGGAAUUUUUUAUUCACGUAUACCGACGUCCUUAAGAGACAUUUAAGUUUAUACAAGAAAGAACACAACUUAGCCAAAGAAGUUUUUGGGGAAAAUAUCCCACCAAUGGAUGAACUAGAACGCCACAUUUCGUUGGUUUUGGCAAAUACUGACCCAAUUUUGAAUUAUCCUCAACCAGUUGCACCUAAUUUGAUACCAGUUGGUGGACUUCACACAAGAAAAUCUGAAAAUCUGGAAAUACCCCAAGAUAUACAAGUUAUCUUAGAUAAUGCCAAACACGGGGUCAUAGUGUUUUCGUUAGGAACUAAUGUGCGUUCAGACAAGUUAAAUAAACGCACGCAAAAAGCACUGUUGGACGCUUUUAGCAAACUUGAAGAGACUGUGAUUUGGAAAUUUGAAAGUGAAAUUGAAAAUCUACCCAAAAAUGUAAUCGUGCGGAAGUGGUUGCCUCAAAAUGACAUUUUAGGACACCCCAACGUAAAAUUAUUCAUCGGGCAUGGAGGUGCUCUAAGCACGCAAGAAGCAAUUUACCACGGUGUCCCCAUGCUUUGUAUUCCUUUUGUCGUCGAUCAGCGUAUCAAUACAAGACUGAUUGUUAAUAAAAAAUUAGGCGUCGAUCUUGAUUUCAAGCAAAUAACUGUCGAUUAUGUACUUCAAAAAAUUCGAGAAGUGUUGGAUAACCCAAUGUAUUCGAAAAAUAUGAAAAAGUCAUCGGACACGUUUAAAGACAGGCUUGAGACUCCACUAGAAAGGGGCAUUUUUUGGGCCGAAUACACACUGCGACAUGGAGGGGCAGAAUUUUUGUCGACCCCUGCGAGAAAUUUUUCGUAUUUCAAAGUCUCUAGUUUGGAUGUUAUCACAUUUCUGGUCGUCAUAACUAGUGUUAUAGCUACAGUCUUUUGCAAAAUUGUGGUUUUCGUUGUGAAAGCUUGCAAAAGUAAGAAGAAGGUCAAGGGAGAUUAAAUUAAAACAAAAAGCAGUAUUAUUCAAUAAAAUUAUGUAUUAGAGAGCAAUAAAGAUUUACAAUAUUUUGUGA